CCGACUGUUCGUCCUCAGUGCAGGAUAACGACAAGACCUUGUCACCUUCAGAGCCGCUUUUAGAUCAUUUUAAUCUCUCAACACUUUAGUGACAAAUAUAAACACCACACAAGUCCAUCACUGCCCUUCAACUCCACACAGAACAGAGCAGUAGAUCCUCAGAUCUGGACCAUCAUGGACGCCAUCAUCCGCUGUCCUUUCCUGUCCCGUGUCCCCCCGACGUUCUUCCAGCAGACGAGGAAGACUCUGGUGAGCUACGCGGUGAAGUGUCCCGUGAUGAUGGACCUGGCAUCCAAACCGCUCGUCCGCUCCAUCUGCUCCUCUUCCUCCCUCUUCCAGAAGAGUGAUGAUGUCAUCAGCACGGAGACUGAGAAAGCCCCUGAAAUCCCAGCAGGUCACCCCAAACUUCCAGCGGGAGCGACCGCCUCCAAGUGCCCUUUCCUGGCCGCUGAAAUGGGUCAGAAGAACAGUGGUGUGGUGCGUGAGGCCAGCAUGGAGCUGCAGGAGGACGUCUCUGAAAUCCGAACCCUGCAGCAAGAUGUGACUGCUGUGGAGCUGGCGAACAGCGUGAAACCUGACGGGGAUCUGAUGAAGAAACUGCUGAAACAACGUCCAGCAAUGGUUUCUCACCUGCUUCAGGAGAACAUGCCUAAAUCCGUCUCCAACUUCCGCUACGACGAGUUCUUCGAGAAGAAGAUCGAGGCGAAGAAAAACGACCACACCUACCGCGUGUUUAAAACCGUGAACCGGCGCGCGACCGAGUUCCCCAUGGCGGACGAUUACUCCGAGUCUCUGAGCUGUAAGAGAGACGUGUCCGUGUGGUGCAGUAACGAUUACCUGGGGAUGAGUCGCCACCCGCGCGUGGUGCAGACCGUGAUGGAUACGCUACAGAAACACGGCUCCGGGGCUGGAGGGACGCGGAACAUAUCGGGGACGAGUAAAUUUCAUGUGAAUCUGGAACACGAGCUGGCUGACCUUCACGGGAAAGAUGCAGCACUGCUUUUCACUUCCUGUUUUGUGGCCAAUGAUUCCACUCUGUUUACUCUGGCCAAAAUGCUGCCCGGAUGUGAGAUUUACUCGGACGCUGGAAACCACGCUUCAAUGAUCCAGGGUAUACGCAACAGCGGCACUAAGAAGUUCAUCUUCCGCCACAACGACGUGAAUCACCUGCGUGAACUUCUGGAGAAAUCGGAUCGCUCCACUCCGAAGAUCGUGGCCUUUGAGACGGUCCACUCGAUGGAUGGUGCCGUGUGUCCCCUGGAGGAGAUGUGUGAUGUUGCACACGAGUUCGGAGCAAUCACAUUUGUGGACGAAGUUCACGCUGUGGGUUUGUAUGGUGCGAGAGGGGGCGGGAUCGGAGACCGGGACGGAGUCAUGCACAAGAUGGACAUCAUCUCUGGAACACUCGGAAAGGCGUUCGGUUGUGUCGGAGGCUACAUCGCCAGUACGAAUACGCUGGUGGAUACGGUGCGCUCGUAUGCCGCGGGCUUCAUCUUCACCACGUCUCUGCCCCCCAUGCUGCUCGCUGGAGCUCGAGAGUCCAUCCGCAUCCUGAAGGGCGAGGAAGGACGCGUGUUACGCCGCAAACACCAGCGCAACGUCAAACUGCUGCGGCAGAUGCUGAUGGACUCGGGGCUGCCGGUGGUGCACUGCCCCAGCCACAUCAUCCCUAUACGGGUUUCAAACGCGGAGAAGAACACUGCCGUGUGCGACAUCAUGAUGAACCGCUACAACAUCUACGUCCAGGCUAUCAAUUAUCCCACCGUUGCCCGUGGAGAUGAACUCCUCCGCAUCGCUCCUACGCCUCAUCACACACCGCAGAUGAUGAAAUAUUUUGUCGAUAAGCUGCUGAAGGCGUGGCAGGAAGUGGGUCUGCAGCUGAAACCGCACUCCUCGGCUGAGUGUAACUUCUGCCAGCAGCCGCUGCACUUCGAGCUGAUGAGCGAGAGAGAGAAGUCGUACUUCAGCGGUCUGAGUCACCCCGUCUCGGCCCUCGGAUAACACACACACUAAUCACUGCACCGAUAAUCAGACAGAUUUUAUUUACGCUUAUAUUCUAUAAAAAUCUGAUUAUGGAGGUGAAAAUAAACACUUACCUGAAUCUGAUCUGGUGCUUUCUGAUUUUUCAUUUUAAAGCAGAAGAACAUGGUGUUAAUAAUAAUGACGAUAAUAAUAUAUCAUAAUAAUAAUCACCGCUCAUCCUAAUAAACUGUGUGUGAGGUGUUUCUCUCGGAGAACUGCUCGAGAAACCUCUCUGUGGAGUUUUAUCCACACAACCCUCAGACCCGAGAAGCUGAACUGGUUCUGAAACGGGAUCUUUAAAGGUUCUUCAGCCCUAAUGAAGGGUUUCUCUGCCUUCUCACAAGAUCUCGCUAUAUUUAAAGACCUAAAGUCAGGGUUCUUUAGGUGUUCCACUCUGCAGUCACGUGUCAAACCCUGGAACUGGGUCCCGUCUCAGAGCUGCUUGUUUUUAUUAAAUAAACACACGUGAGGGUGAGUGGUUAUUUAGAUGUGUAUCUGAUCUCCACUCUUACUCUUCCACACUGAGCUCCUGUAACCAGCGCCUUCUCUGCUUCUUGUUAUGAUGGAGGUGGUUCUGCUGCUGUUCCUACACUCCUCCUUCAGAGUUCUGCUCUGUCCAGUCAUUUUUAAAACUUCUCUAUUUAGAUUUAUUUUUUCGGUGUAAUUUGUGUUCCUGUGUCACUGCAGAGAAUAAACCUGUUUAUCAGAAACAUGUUAAAGCUCCUAUUACACACAGUUAUGGGAAAAAAACCUCAUCACAUGUGUGUCUCUCUCUCUGUCUGUCUCUCUCUCUCUCUCUCUCUCUCUCUCUCUCUCUCUCUCUCUCUCUCUCUCUCUCUCUCUC